AUGCACAGGAGCAACGCCGCGAAUAUUAAACCGACAUUCGAAACGGAUUAUUAUGGGGUAUUAGAGUUGAAUAGAGAUUGCGAUGACUUGGAAAUAAAAAAAGCUUUCCGUCGUCUGGCAAUACGUCAUCAGAAUCCCUCGAGACAGAGGAAUGAGAAUAUUAAAGAAGUUUUAGCUCUGAUAGCCGAAGCGUACGAAGUCCUUUCGGAUCCUCUCAAGCGAGCUAUCUAUGACCAGUACGGUGAGACGGGUUUGAAAAGAGGAAUCUCAGGACCAAAUGGCCACAUACCACCCUACAUAUUCCACGGGGAACCACAACGUACUUUUAGAAAUUUUUUUGGAACUCUUAAUCCUUACGGUGAUUUGGUGAAUAUUCUCAAUGACCCUCAGACAAUGGAAAUUAUUUACAAAAUGCACACAGCGAAUAAAGUCAAAGAUGAACCUAUUAAAAAAUCUCUGCUGUUGACAUUACGAGAAAUAUUUUUUGGCGGUGUAAAAGAAGUUAAAAUAAAAAAAAAGGUAUUUGUAGACUCAGAAAAAAUGAAUACAGUUUUUAAAGAAAAAAUUAUUUCAAUACCUAUAAAACCGGGUCUUCCGACAGGAACGGAAAUUGUUUUUUAUGAAGAGGGUGAUGAAAGAUUUGAUAGAUUACCUGCGGACAUAAUAUUUGUCACUGAAGAUAGCCCUCACGAAAUAUUCCAAAGAGAAGGUGAUAAUUUGUUAAUGACGACUGAAAUUUUUUUAAAGGAUGCACUUAUUGGUACUGUUGUUACUGUAAAUACUAUAGACGACAGAACUAUUCGUGUGCCGAUAACAUCAAUAAUAACGCCAGACUAUCGGAAAUGCAUACCCAACGAAGGACUGCCCCUCGUAAAAAGUAUAAAAGAACGCGGUGACCUUGUAAUAAAUUUUAAAAUUGAAUUCCCAGUUUAUUUACCGAUCGCAAUGGGAAGUAUCGAUGAAAAUAUUUCAAUUCGUAAAAAUACAAGUUAA